AGGGUGGGAACCCUCGUCAGUUAAACCAGGUCGGGGCAUGGCCCUCGGUGGGCUGGCUGUUCCUCCUGGCCCUGCCCUAGCCCCGCAUUGCUCUGGACCCCCCAAGCCUGACCCCUUGUGGGCCAACCCUUCCUGUUCCUCUGUCCUGUGCAGGAAGACAGGGUGAGGGGGCUGCCCCCUGAGCCGUGGGAUCUUGAACCUUCUCCCCUUGGUCUGCCUGCUCUCGGGUGAAGCGUAGAGGGGACCUGGGGACCUUGGGGGUCUCUAGGGUCUCUUCUGGGGGCCCCUUGUGGGUCCCACCUGGCCCCGUGGCUGUCCCCAAAGGCAGGGGGUCCUGACCGCCGGGGGCCCGCCCUGGGGCAUGCUUUCCAACAAGGGCAGGUCCCCAACCAGCUUCUGGCUGCGGGGGCUUUGGGUUUCUUCACUCUCUUCCUUUUUUUCCCUUUCCUGGAUGAAAUUCCUGCCAGCUCGGAAGGAAGGAGGGAAGGGGAGCGAGCCGCGGCGCAGAAACUUUCCUUGGCUCCUCCUCCGCCUGUCUCCCUCCCUUGCCAAGCCCAGCCUGUGAAACCGAAUAACGAAGAUCGCUCAACAAUGCCUGCCCCUCGCUGACUGCGCCGUCCCCGCGCUGCCGCCCAGGCCGAACAGAGCCCGCGGGGCCGUCCCCUCCGACGGCGCAGCCCGCCCGCCCGCCAGGUGCCCGCAGCCCGGCCGCCGACAUGCCCAGCCCGGCCGGGCUCCGCGCGCUGUGGCUGUGCGCCGCGCUGUGCGUCUCGCCCGGUGCCGCCGCCGCCUGCCCGGCCCCCUGCCACUGCCAGGAAGACGGUAUCAUGCUGACCGCCGACUGCUCGGAGCUCGGGCUGUGCGCCGUGCCCGGGGACCUGGACCCCUUGACGGCUUACCUAGACCUCAGUAUGAACAACCUCACGGAGCUGCAGCCUGGCCUCUUCCACCACCUGCGCUUCUUGGAGGAGCUGCGUCUGUCUGGGAACCACCUCUCCCACAUCCCGGGACAAGCCUUCUCUGGGCUCUGCAGCCUGAAGAUCCUGAUGCUCCAGAACAACCAGCUGCGAGGAGUCCCUGCAGAGGCGCUGAGGGAGCUGCCAAGCCUGCAGUCCUUGCACCUGCACAACAACCGCAUCCAGCAUCUGGGGACCCACAGCUUCGAGGGGCUGCACAAUCUGGAGACUCUGGACCUGAACUAUAAUGAGCUGCAGGAGUUCCCCGUGGCCAUCCGGACCCUGGGCAGACUGCAGGAACUAGGAUUCCACAACAACAACAUCAAGGCUAUUCCAGAAAAGGCCUUCGUGGGGAACCCUCUGCUGCAGACCAUACACUUUUAUGAUAACCCAAUCCAGUCUGUGGGAAGGUCGGCGUUCCAGGACCUGCCGAAGCUGCACACACUAUCCUUGAAUGGUGCCACGGAUAUCCAGGAGUUCCCCGAUCUCAAGGGCACCACCAGCCUGGAGACCCUGACCCUGACCCGUGCAGGCAUCCGGCUGCUCCCACCAGGGCUGUGCCAACAGCUGCCCAGGCUCCGGGUCCUGGAGCUGUCUCACAACCAGAUCGAGGAGCUGCCCAGCCUGCACAGGUGUCAGAAGUUGGAGGAAAUUGGCCUCCAACACAACCGCAUCUGGGAAAUCAGAGCCGACACCUUCAGCCAGCUGAGCUCCCUGCAAACCCUGGACCUGAGCUACAACGCCAUCCGGUCCAUCCACCCUGAGGCCUUCUCGACCCUGCGCUCACUGGUCAAGCUGGACCUGACAGACAACCAGCUGACUGCGCUGCCCCUGGCCGGCCUCGGGGGCCUGAUGCACCUGAAGCUCAAAGGGAACCUGGCUCUGUCCCAGGCUUUCUCCAAGGACAGUUUCCCGAAACUGAGGAUCCUGGAGGUGCCUUAUGCCUACCAGUGCUGUGCCUAUGGUGUCUGCGCCAGCUUCUUCAAGGCCUCUGGGCAGUGGGAGGUCCAGGACUUGCACCUUGAUGACGAAGAGGCUCCAAAGAGGCCCUUGGGCCUCCUUGCUGGACCAGCAGAGAGCCACUAUGACCUGGACCUGGAAGAGCUCCAGCUGGAGAUGGAGGACUCAAAGCCACACCCCAGUGUCCAGUGUAGCCCAGUGCCAGGCCCCUUCAAGCCCUGUGAGCACCUCUUUGAGAGCUGGGGCGUCCGCCUGGCCGUGUGGGCCAUCGCGUCGCUCUCCGUGCUCUGCAACGGGCUGGUGCUGCUGACUGUGUUUGCUGGCGGGCCCGCGCCCCUGCCCCCGGUGAAGUUUGUCACAGGUGCCAUUGCCGGCGCCAACGCCCUAACUGGGAUUUCCUGCGGCCUCCUCGCCUCAGUGGACGCCCUGACCUUCGGCCAGUUCGCCGAGUAUGGAGCCCGCUGGGAGAUGGGGCUGGGCUGCCGCGCCACGGGCUUCCUGGCGGUCCUGGGGUCGGAGGCCUCCGUGUUGCUGCUCACGCUGGCCGCCGUGCAGUGCAGCAUCUCUGUCUCCUGCGUCCGAGCCUACGGGAAGGCCCCCUCCCCGGGCAGCGUCCGCGCCGGGGCCCUGGGCUGCCUGAUGCUGGCAGGGCUGGCCGCAGCCCUGCCCCUUGCCUCCGUGGGAGACUACGGGGCCUCCCCGCUUUGCCUGCCUUAUGCCCCAGCCGAGGGCCAGCCGGCGGCCCUGGGCUUCGCCGUGGCCCUGGUCAUGAUGAACUCCUUCUGCUUCCUGGUCGUGGCCGGGGCCUACAUCAAACUCUACUGCGACCUGCCGCGCAGCGACCUGGAGGCCGUGUGGGACUGCGCAAUGGUGAGGCACGUGGCCUGGCUCAUCUUCGCCGAUGGGCUCCUCUACUGUCCCGUGGCCUUCCUCUGCGUCGCCUCCAUGCUGGGCCUCUUCCCUGUCACCCCUGAGGCUGUCAAGUCUGUCCUGCUGGUGGUGCUGCCCCUGCCUGCCUGCCUCAACCCGCUGCUCUACCUGCUCUUCAACCCCCACUUCCGGGAUGACCUUCGGCGGCUCUGGCCCUGCACCGGGAGCCCAGGGUCCCUAGCCUGUGCUGCUGCCCGGGAGCUGGAGAAGAGCUCCUGUGAGUCCACCCAGGCUCUGGUGGCCUUCUCUGACGUGGACAUCGUCCUGGAUGCCUCCGAGGCUGGGCGGCCGCCUGGGCUGGAGACCUAUGGCUUCCCCUCAGUGACCCGCGUCCCCUGUCAGCAGCCAGGAGCCCCGAGCCUGGAGAGCAGCCAUUGUGCAGAGCCAGAGGGGCCCUGCUCUGGGAAGCCACCACCCACCGUGGAUGGCGAACUGCUGCUGAAGGCAGAGGGCGCCCCUCCACCCCCAGGCAGGGCCUUCCGGCACUCUAGCGGGGCCUUCGGCUCGCACGUGUAGCCGUCCCCUCGCCUGUCUCCACGUCUCCUCCGCCCACCCUCCUGCCGUCCUCCGUGAACGAUGGCUGCUUGUACAAUGAACACAACCAAAACUCAGCAGUGGGCUCCGUGGCAGGAUGGCCACGUGCGGCCCCACUGCUCCCUCUCCCCCGGCCGUAGCCAACCAGGGCGUCUUGGCCCAGUUCCCUUUCGCCCUUCCUCAGCCUCACCGUCGUGCCGGGCCUCUUUCUUGCCAUGCCGGAGGCCAUGGACGAGGGACCUGGAAGUCUGUCUGCUUGAGUGACACGAUGGGAAUAAAAGCCAGCAGAGGGGUUUUGGGGCUGCGCAGGCUCAGGCUCGCAGCACAGCAGGCAGGGAGGCCCCACGGAGAGGGGCCUGGGAGGGGACCACAAAGGCAUGUGGGCAUCUCCCGUGGGACUCAUGAAUGAGAUGUAAGUGUGUUCUGUGCCUCGUUAAUCUUGACGCAUGCCACACCAAAGCACUUUCUGUUAAAGUCAGCUUUGGAAGAGAUCACACAGUUUCAGGGGACCUGUUGGCGUAGGUGCAGCCCUGAGAGGUCCUGCACCCGUAAAAUCUGUUGAACUUCACUUAACCACGUUCCCCCAAACUGUCUGACGGCCAGUUGUUGCUUCUCAUAGAAGUGUCAUGGCUAAUAGCUCAUGACACUUAGCGUUGCUCUCUCCGUACCGCCUACGUGCUCACCCCACAGCAUCACAAGAUGGCACCACUUCUGAAAAGCCCCCCAACCCAGGGUGAAGGGUCAGAGGUCAAUGAUGACCCUCCCCACCUCCACACUGCCCCUCCUAAGCCUCCUCCUUACCCAGGGAGGCAUGGGGAGGAGCCUGUAUCAUGGCUGCAGCCUCAGCCCGAGUUGGGGUGGGAAGAAAGGUGUCCCUGAGUGUGCCUCCAGCCCCCUCCCCACCCCCAGGCACCAGGAAAACUUCUGCCCCAGCGAGAGGGUCAAGGGACUCUGGCUGGCUGGGUGCCCUCUGGCUGAGUGGCCAUCCUGUGGUUCUCCUCCAGAUGCUGCCUGCCACCUCUGUGGCUAGCCUGGUCCUGCUUUCUCUGGGGGAGAACAAGCCGUUAGCCAGCAAAGAGGAAGGAUGUGCGUCUUGUGGGUAUUGCAUUUUAGGCAGCACUGUGGAUACCCAGGCCUGCAGGUGCCCCUGACGUCUCUCUGCCGCACCCCUCAUGACGUCAGGGUUUACCCAGCCCUGCUGAGUGUUUCUAUGUGACUCAGUCUCAGAGUGAGGAGGGGAGAGCCCAGGCAUCCUUGCAGAUGUGGGGAGAGAAUCUGAGGCUCGGACAAAGGCGAGAGUGGUUUCCGGGCACAGCAGCGUCGGCUCGGGGGCUCUGCAGUGCUGACACUGAACGGGGCACAGUGCUGCCCUGGAUCCUGCCGCCGUCCUCGGCCAGGCUCUCCCCAAGGGGCGCCACCGUUAGGACACCCCUGUGAAAGAAAGCGCUUCCCCUGCCUCCGCAGCUCACUGAGAGUCGGUGAUUCUUGGCGGGGCAGGAAUUCUCUGGGGUGAUAAAGAUGGCAUAGCCGGGUGGUGUGGGGGAGCCUCGACUUCUGGGCAGUCACCCAGGCCUCUGCUCCCUCCCUUCCUCUCCCACCACCGCGUGGUCCCUGUGUCUCACUGUUUCAGGGAGCCGUGUUGGAGUCAGUGCAGCGGCCGAGUGUUGCAGGUUUAGGAGUUACGGGAACUGUUCCCUGUAGGUGGCCUCUUCCAUGGCAAGGGGGCCAGUGCUUUCUGGGUGCAGCCCUGGGGGAUCACUGCUGCCACCUCUCUGUCUGCUUCUGGCAAUCUGGGCAAGGGCCAGGGCUGGACCUCCUGGUCAGCGGGGAGGUGUGGAGGAAGCGGGAAUGGGGUGGGGCUGUUUGCCACGAGAUAGUUUCAUUGUCCAAAAAGUGUAGGAGAUGCUGUGAUUUUACCCGAAGCCAAACUGUGCAGUAAGUGUCUGGUUUUGACCGACUUUCUAGUAAGUCCAUAGGUGACUGCUUGGCCGUCUCCAUUUUGACCAGUGGAAAAGCAUAAACAUUUUAUAUUUGUCUUUAAAUAAUCAUGAAAUCAGGAGCCAAAUUAUUCAAUGUAGAAAUGCAUUGUGUUUGGUUGACAAAACCUUUGAAACUGGUGUCCAUGGGAACGCAUCCACCAGUCACCAUGGCUGGGGAGACGCUGGGGGCUGCUGACUUGGCGUAAGUUGGCCCCAGCAACAGGUGCCACCCUCAACCUCCUCUCUAGCGCGACUUGUGCAGGGGACCUUCUGAGGGGGUCCAUGACUUGCGAUGCAGCUGUGUGCCCGCCGAGAGGAAAACCCCAAACCUUCAAAGCUGAGAUUGGAGAGCGAGGGAUUAACAGAGCCUCCAGCCAGGCCUUCUCCUUGCCUCCUCCUGCUCCUCUGACCUCCCAAACUCCUUCUAGUUUCCUUUUGCAGGAAGAAUUAAAAGCUUGAAGAACAAGGGAGGGGAGAGCAAGGAGCUGACAGUGAGCAGGCCUGAGUAUGUAGGGAUGGCAGGUGGCUAGAGCCUGGAUCCCUUCUGAUGCCAUCUCCUCUAACUACCUCUGCUCUGGUCAGCAAGUUUUCCCGCCCACAACCCCUGCAGCCCUCUGGGGCCCAGUCGCAUGGCCUCGCAGCUGUGUGAAGUGGCAGCAUUGUCGAGAUGUAAAUACUUGGGUUCUUCUGUAAAAUAAAGCACGGGUAAAGUA